GCAAGAUGGCGUCCCUGGAUCGAGUGAAGGUUCUGGUGUUGGGAGACUCAGGUGUUGGGAAAUCGUCACUCGUCCAUCUUCUAUGCCACAGUCAAGUGCUGGGAAAUCCGUCGUGGACUGUGGGCUGCUCGGUGGAUAUCAGAGUGCAUGACUACAAAGAAGGAACCCCAGAAGAGAAGACGUACUCCAUAGAACUGUGGGAUAUUGGAGGCUCUGUGGGCAGUGCCAGCAGCGUGAAAAGCACGAGAGCAGUGUUCUACAACUCUGUAAAUGGUAUUAUUUUAGUACAUGACUUAACAAAUAAAAAGUCAUCUCAGAACUUAUAUCGCUGGUCAUUGGAAGUUCUCAAUAGAGAUUUGGUUCCGACUGGAGUCCUGGUGACAAAUGGGGAUUAUGACCGAGAACAAUUUGCUGAUAACCAAAUCCCACUGUUGGUAAUAGGGACCAAACUGGACCAGAUUCACGAAACCAAGCGCCAUGAAGUUUUGACUAGGACUGCUUUUUUGGCUGAGGACUUCAAUGCUGAAGAGAUUAAUUUGGAUUGCACAAACCCCCGGUCUUCAGCUGCAGGCUCCUCCAAUGCUGUCAAGCUCAGUAGAUUUUUUGAUAAGGUCAUAGAGAAGAGGUACUUUUUUAAAGAAAGCAAUCAGAUUCCCGGCUUUUCUGAUCGAAAGAGGUUUGGAGCAGGAGCAUUAAAGAACUUCCAUUAUGACUGAGCUGUGCUCGCCUUUGGAAGGGUGAGCAAGCGGUGGCAGUUGUCACAGCUUUCCUCUUGCUGUGUCAGGUUAUUAACUUCUCAGGCUCUGAUAAAAACAUCUCAAAAUGCUACCUCACCCUCUCGUGGAAAAUUGAAAGAAAGUAACGAGUGGAGGAUCCUACCUGACCCCUGUUGUCUGUGUUGCUCACCUCCCUGUCCCUGUUGAUAUCGUAUGGAAGAGCCUCGUGAAGACAUGAGACACUGUCGAGCCAGUGCGGCAAAUGGGCAGUGACAAGGGCUGCACAGAAAACUGACUCUUGCAUGAAAUCAGAGGGCUUUGCAGGUCUGCGAUUUUCCCACACUCACUGCUGAAGGCUUAAUUAAGUUCUGGAGAAACCUAUCUGUGUUGUUCUACCUUCUUGAGGGGAAAGGUCAUGUUAACCAGCCCUGAAUUAUCCACCCCAAACCAUCUCUGUCAUUUUUAAAGAAGCCAAGUGGUGUUAUUUCCUUUUCUCCAGCCUCAUUACACACAGGGAUGCCUAAGAAUAGCAACCCUGUCUCCUCCCCUCUCCCCUGGAAAAGGCUUGGUGUCUGGCAGAGACGGACUAAUAGCUGGAGUUAAAUAGAAAUACAAAUUAAUAAUACAUGGAGAAUAGACCAGAAAAGAAGGCCUCGGCGAGGCAUCGACAGCUCCUCCACACUUGAGAGUGCAGCUCUCGAAGGCCCUUUCUGCUUUCUGUUUGGAAAUCGGAUGAAAUCUGAGAGCGGCACAGGGGCAGGCAGAGAGAUUUACUGCCUCUUUGGUCUUUUUUUUCUGUUUGUUGUUGUCAUGGUUUCAGGUUUGGUUUUGGUUCUUAAAGGAAAUUCAGAUCCUGAAAUACCCUUUAAUAUGAUGAACAAUAAACUAAGACUAUUAUCCUUGAGUUAACAAUGUGUUUAUGAGAAAGUCAACCGAGUCCCAGAGUCGCACAUUCACAUAAAUUAUAAAGCAGGGUUUGGGCUUUCAGAACACUGCACAGCUUUUCAGCCGUGGUGUGUAUGAGUUCGCAUGAGUUUUCACCAUUAUUUUUUAGCCCAUCUUUUUUGCCGGUUUAAUUCUCUUGGCCCAGUUCUUCCUUAGUUCAUAAAAUUGGUUUAAAAAAAAAAAAAAGACUUUAAUUGGCUGCUGCGUUCAGCACCUUAUUAUCCAGAUUCUUCUCUGCUGCAGCUCUCAGCUCCCGAGUUUUGCACCAAAUUAAAGAAAAUAGUAUUAUAAGCACACAGUUGCAGCUCGUUUAAAACCAGGUAAGAACUACAAGGUUCAUUUUCUGUUCAUUCUAAUUAAAUUUCAGGAGGACUCAGGAAGGCAGGGUAUGCUGGGAAGGAGCGUGAGGAGCUCAGAAGGCGUUUGGGGGUUGGAAGAGCACUUCUGAGCUGGGCUGCUCUGUCUUUACCAAAGUCGGUUUCAGCUUCUUUGCUGGUUUGAUUGUUCUUUGAUAUAAUUAGUGUUGUGCAGAUUAUGGUCUGGGUGUGGAAUUUGGCACAAGUGUGUUGUGGAGAGGCUGUAAAAACCAAAUGCUACACAAACUCCUAUCUAACUAUCUAAAACCCUUCGUAUUUCUCUUUUUAAAAUUAGAUCAAGAAGCAUGGACUGCAACUCAAUGGUAGAGAAUUUAGCUAGCAUGUGCAAGGCAUUAUAUUUGUUUCCAAUAUCAAAAUUUAAAUAAAAAGUAAGUUAAACCCAUUCCUUUCUCCUUUCUUCUUAAUUAAGAGACCCACCCCAAUUUCUAUCAUUUCUUUCUUACUAAGAAAUAAAAGAGCUGGGCAGUGGUGCACACCUUUAAUCCCAGCACUCCAGAGGCAGAGGCAGGUAGAUCUUGAAUUCUAGGCCAGCCUGAUCUACAGAGCAAGUUACAGGGCAGCCAGGGCUACACAGAGAAAGCCUGUCUUGAAAAAAACAUAAAGAUGAACUAGAAGGGGGUGAAUACAUUUUGCUCUUGCAGAGAACCCGGAUUUGGUUAUCAGCACCCACAUGGGCCGUUUACAGCCAUCAGUAACUCACUUCCAGGGGAUUCAGCUCUGUCUUCAGACCUCUUUAAACACUAUGCAUACAUAUAAAAUAAAAGUAAAUACAUAUUUUUUUUUUUUUUUGGUUUUUCGAGACAGGGUUUCUCUGUGGUUUUGGAAUAAAUACAUAUUUUUAAGAAUGGGGAGAUAAAAGCAACCCAUCAGUGAUGGCUACAGGAUCUGACUUGAUAAAUAAUAUUCUUCAAUUCCAUUUCUACCAGCUUGAUUCCUUGACCUAUACUUUUUUCCUUAUAAUUUUAUAAACCUUUUUAUUUAAAAAUAAAAAAUUGUAAAUAAAAUAAACAUCACACACCCAAAUUUAUCUGACCCAAAGUCUCUAUCUCUCAGCGAGCUUCUGUACAGAUAGAGCCACCAUUGUAAAGCUGGGGAGUGCAACAGUGAAUUUUACACCUUUACUGUCAAAUAGAUGUUCUUUGCACUUAGUUUUGAGCUGUAGUUUUCUAAAGAAAAAAUAAAUUUUAAUCUAAUCAUCUGAAGUAAACUUGUUACGAGUAUAUGUAGCAGCAAAGAAAGCUGUUUACCAAAUGAGUGUUAUUUGCCCAACAAAAGAAUGUUCUUGAAGCAUGA